UGCAAUUUCUCCAUUUGUUUGUUUUUUGAACAAAACUAAAGAAACUUUGAGGCUGAAGAUAUAUCGCAACAGGCGAAUUAGGGAGACUCAAACGCGGCCGAGGGAACUCAACAUCCAAGCAAGACCAUUAACUUCAACCGCUCAACAGAACGUACACUACGUUCGCACCAGCGACUCGGAUCGAUGCCGGGCGGUACGGUGCAGCGGUCCUUGCGGCCGUACCACAUCACCGAAGACAACACAAGGACUAACGACUUCAAAAUAAGGGCUCGCCACAGAGUCUACGAAGGACUCUCGAAAGACACCCAAAGCGAAUGGAAGGGUCCCUUCUUCUUCAUCCAAGCGGCGGACACCCAGUUCGGCAUGAUCGAGAGCUACAUCGAGAAGAAGCCCGACCCCAAGUGGGACAAGGAGAUUGUGCUCACCAGACAGGCCAUCGCCGCCGUCAACCGGAUGAACCCCAAGCCGUCCUUCUUCAUCGUGUGCGGAGACCUCAUUGACGCAAUGCCCGGCACCGACCUCAGGAAUGCCCAGGAGGACGACUUCCGGCGCGUCAUGGCCGAGAUGAGCUCGGAGGUCCCCCUGGUGUGCGUGUGCGGCAACCACGACAUCGGCAACGAGCCGACGCCCGAGUCCGUUCGAAGCUAUCGGGACACCUUUGGCGACGACUACUUUGUCUUCUGGUGCGGCGGCGUCAUGUGCAUCGUCAUCAACUCGCAGUACUACGAGAACUCAACCCACGUUCGAGAGCUGGAGCAGGAGCAGAGUUCCUGGCUGGACGAGCAGCUCGAGGAAGCGAAGUCCGGGGGAUACAAGCAUGUGGUGGUCUUCCAGCACAUCCCCUGGUUCCUGCGUGACCCCGGGGAGGAGAACGAAUACUUCAAUAUUGUCCUCGAGCUGAGACAGAAGAUGCUCGAGAAGUUUCAUAGAGCCGGUGUCCGCGCGAUCUUUUGCGGCCACUACCAUCGCAACGCUGGCGGCUUCUACAAAGACAUGGAGCUGGUUGUGACGUCUGCUGUCGGAGCCCAGCUCGGCAAUGACAGCCACGGACUGCGAAUAGUCAAACUUCUAGAGGACAAAAUCCAGCACCAAUACUAUAAGCUUUCGGAAAUCCCCGAGACUGUUGAGCUCUAGGACGAACAAUGAAUUGACAUAUGUGUGACCUUUUGGUUGGGUGGCUGAUAUUUAAUUGGGCACAAGGGGUGCUUCAUCAGCUCAUCUGCUGUUGUUUUCUGUUAUAAUGAAAUAAAUUGACCAGACGACAUGCCUCAACUGAGUAGUUAGUGUUGCUUCAAGUUGCUGGCUGUUACCAUAUUUUUAAGUGAAGUUAUCUGGAGCUUUCAAAUGGGAAAGGUAACAGCCCAGAUGACACCUCAAGCUAUCUGUGUAAAAAAAAAAAAAGACUAGGACACUGUUUAUUUCGUGCCCCAUUCACAAUAAAGAUAAACUAUUUUCGCA